GUUGCAACGUAAAGUUAGAACAUUGAAGGCACAGGUAGUUGAGUUGAGAGGGAAUGCAGUCUUUAUGGUGAGAGAAGUGGUUCAGUUGACGAGAGAAGUAAAUGAUAGAGAUUUGCAGAUUUUGGAGAUUAAUCAGGAGUAUCAAAAGAGGAAUAAAGAUUAUGCGUUGUUGGUAAGGGAGAGAAAUGAUUUAAGGGCUGAGGUAAAGACUUUGCAUGAUUUGAUCGAUGAUAUUCCAGUUCCAAUGUAA